AUGAUAGAGGUUACUGCACAUGUCAAGAAGUGUGAGCUCUCCAUGGAACCAUAUUUGCUGGAGCUGGAUCCAACCACAUGCAUCAGCAAUGAAGCUGAAGAGUGGUACUCACUUGAUGGUUGUCUUUAUCCAGAAGAUUGGUGCCAUCAUCCAUCUUUCCAGCUAGUAUUUGAAAAAGAUGUUCUUGAGUAUCAGUGGCUCAAUGCUUCAAUUAUGAUCAAAACAGGUUUUAUGAUGAACUCAGACUACUGCUGGAGGACAUCUGGUAUGGCAUUCAAGGAAGUUCUAGUCUUAAUGACACCAGCCAGCCCAUUGUGA